AUGUAUACAGUGACAAUUGUGAUCGCUUAUACUAAAAAAUAUUCAUUACUCUUAGUGGUCACAUGGAAAGUAGCAGUUAUUUUACUUUACUUUAACUCGACGUUAAAAAAAAAAAAGAAAAAAAGAAAAAAAAAGACUCCUAAAAAAGAGUAAUAAUCGCAUUUUUCAGUGUUUAAAUCACUUCUUAAAAAUGUCUAGUAACCAUAUCUGUAUUUGGAAGAAACAUUUUAAAUCGAAAAUGAAAAAAUAUAAAGUUUGAAUAAAAAUUGGCAUCAAAGAAGUGAAUAUUUUGGUACCGAUAGAACUCUAGGAUUAAAACGAUAUAGAACGCGUAGAGCCAUUAUGGCUCUUGCAAAACAAUGGUUUCUCCGCCUCGUCUAUUUUCCACUUAGCGCCCAAAAAUCCGCCAUUUACGCAUUUGUAGUUCAUAUUAUCUUGCUCUCGCGCGUUUCCCGCGGUUGAUGAAGUUUGUUUGUUUCUAUUGUGAGUCCCUAUUACCACUUUGUGAUAUUCCCUUUUCGUAAUUAGCCUUUGAGUUCUUAAUCCGGCUUCUAGAUUUAAGCACUUGAAAUAUGUUGCGAUACGAGCCAGUCACAGGGCCAGUUAUAAACUUGAAUUUGUUUUUUAGCUGAAAAUGCUCAUAAUUAUGAAUUUUGGAGAUGUUGUCACUUAAAAACAGUGUGUUAUCGUUUUUACGAAAUUCAAAAUAACAGUUUAACAUCUUCACUCAGCUGUAAAUUUAUUUCUUCCUGAGAAGAUGGAUUUUCAAAUAAAAUAAUAAUAUUAUCACAGAUGUCUACACGUUUGACUCUAGAUGCUAAUUCAAGCUUAAAUUAAACUCUGUCGAUUAGACAAGCAUGCAGAUAUGGCGCACUAAAGACUCCCGCAUUUAAACUAAGGCUUUUAAGGAGAUAAAUCUAGAACAAAAUGUCACAUUAUGAAUUUCCUGGUGAAAGUGAAAAAGCUGGUAAAAAAUGAAUUUGAAAAAAUGGUCUGGCAGCGUAACAUGUUGUUACGGUUUUGUUUUUGACAUUAGCCAAAACGGGGAUGCAAAACGGAAGGAAAAAAACCCGAAAAAUGUCAUCACAAAUUAAUUCCAACAUUUAAAAAUACAUUUGCAUCUGUGACCAAAGUGUUUGAUGUAUCACGAUUAUCUCAAAUCCAACUUUUCCAAGACCAAGUAAAAUCGCCAGCUUGAAAUUGUUAUUUCUAAUUUUUCACGGCUAAUAAUGAUGUAAGUCUGAACUACAUACAAAUCAGACAUGGUUUGAUGCUUCUUUGGUUUAAAAAUUUAAUGAAUGCAACCGAGAAGUUACAAUUCAUAGACCCAACGUUUCGACACUCCUGUCUAGUGCCUUCAUCAUACAAAUCAUUAUGGGCACCUAGUUAGCACUCUAUCAGUGAAAGUUGAUUCAGGUCAAAAGAGAUUUUUCGUCAUUCUUUCAAAAGAACGAUACCACAGAUGACUCUCCAUUUUCUACUUAUUUCCAUUUCAUACCUGAGGUACUUCGAAGAUUUCUGACGUAUUUUAAAUAAGUUAACGCUGGUGAGGAAGUCUUUACGUGAAUGUCAUCAAAGAAGUAUAAGUUGUUAUUGAUCGUGGCUGGUUGUGGGCUGUUUAGACGAAAUACUGAUUACUCGUUGCAAUCUUAGAUAACCCACAAGAAAAAAGGAACGAAUAAAGAAUAAUAUCUACAACAAAUUUCAUAAGAGGUGGAGCACAGACGACAACAAUUGAAGAACUGCUAUACUCUCUCUCUUAAGAGGGUGGGCAUCAAUCAGCAUCAGUUUCAAACCUGAGGCAUCCCACGCUUCAAAUUUCGGACGCAUUUUAAAUAAUUAAACGCUGGUAAGGAAGUCUUAAUGUGUUUAUUAAAGGAAGAUUUUAGUUAUCAUCGUUCGGCGUGUCCUGUUUAGACGAAAUAUUUCUCAUUACAAGAAAAAGGAAACGAAUAUCGAAUUAUGUCGAUAACAAAUUUAAGUAGGAGUGGAACACAGACGAAAACAUUUAGAGAACUGCUAUGUUCCCCCUCUUUGGUGGGUGGGCUUCAACAAGAAUCAGUUGCUUUCGCAGCAGUCAACAUUCUCCUCUCCAUCACAACAUUUCUUGGGAAUUCUCUUAUCCUUGUUGCCCUUCAUAAAGAAUCUUCCCUUCAUCCGCCGUCCAAACUCUUGUAUCGUUGUCUGGCAACAACUGACCUGUUGGUUGGUCUUGUUGUUCAGCCUCUCCAUUUUACUUGUUGGAUGUCUGUCGUUCACGAACACUGGAGCCUUUGUUAUUACGCAGGUGAAGCAGCCUACAUCACAAGUGUAGUAUUAUGUGGAGUUUCUUUGCUGACGAUGACGGCAAUAAGCGUGGACAGACUUAUCGCCCUGUUGUCGGGGCUGAGAUACAAAGAGAUUGUAACUUUGAAGCGCAUUUAUAUCAUUAUAGCUAGCUUUUGGGUUUUAUGUCUUGUCGCCUCUUUAUGCACCAUUUUCGAUCAGCGAAUAACCGCUCUAUAUGGCUUGAUAUUGGUACCACUUUCGCUGCUUAUUUCACUCGCCUCGUGCACAAAGAUUUUACGCACUCUCAGACAUCAUCAAGCACAAGAACAAAAUCAUAUUCAACAACAGCCGAGCCAACCAAAUGCACUGAACCUGGCGCGAUACAGAAAGGCAGUGCACAGUGUACUUUGGGUAGAGUUAGCAUUAGUUGUUUGCUACACACCAUUCUAUAUAGUGAGAAUUGUUGUCACUUAUAGCACAACAUACUCAUCACACUUUGUCGUCACAAUGAAAAUGGCAGCUAUCCUUGUUUACUUUAACUCGACGUUAAACCCGUUUCUUUACUGCUGGAAGAUAAGUGAAGUGAGACAAACAAUGAAGCUGAUAAUCAGACAAAUACUUUGCUGUCCAUGGAGUUAAACCAUCCUCGAGUUAUACAUGAUCGUAUAAGUACUUUUAGUGCAAAGCUGACCGAUAGAGAACGCUUAAAUUUUUGCUCGAGGUCUGUCGAUAGUAUUUUUUGUUAGUCACGUAAAACAAAUAUGCUACCGAACUUUAUUUUAAAUGCAUCAAUUAUUAAUUGAAGGAAAGAUGAACGUGCACAAGAGGAUAUAUAAUGUCUUAUAAUCUCUUGACGUAAAUUAUACUCUCAUGAAUGUUAUUGUAAGAGAGUGAAAGAUAUAACUGAUACAUACAGAUGUGUCUGUAUUUGCCUUUAAUUGCUUUUUCAGACGAACUCAAAGGUUCCUGGGAAAAAAUAUUUUUUUGACCUAGCAGAGAAUUUCCUGAUGUGUUUUAAAUAAGUGAGUCUUUCUGGAUUGUUGUUUGGGAACUUAGGCUUUAGAAAUCCUUGCUGCCAUAUUUCGUUGCAAGAACAGAAGCCUACAAGAAAUUUGUUGACAACAAAUUUCAGUAGCGGUAGAAGUCACACGAAAUCAUAUGAAGAACUGCUAUGUUCUCCCUCUUUCGUGGGUGGGCUUCAACAACAACUAUCAAUUUGUUUCUUAGCGGUUAACAUUAUCCUCUCCAUCACAGCGUUUGCCGGAAAUUCUCUUAUCCUUUUUGCCCUUCACAAGGAAUCUUGCCUGCAUCUGCCGUCCAAACUCUUGUAUCGUUGUCUGGCAACCACUUAUCUGUUGGUUGGUCUUGUUGCUCAGCCUCUCCAUGGUCUGUGUUGGAGGUCCGUGGUUCAAGAGCAGUGGAGCCUUUGUCGAUACGCAAGGAACGCAGGCUACAUCACAAGCAAUCUAUUGACUUUAGUAUCUUUGAUGACGAUGACGGCCAGAAGCGUGGACAGACUUCUCGCCCUGUUGUUGGGGCUGAGAUAUAAACAAAUUGUAACUUUGAAGCGCACUUAUAUUAUUGUAACUACCUUUUGGGUUUUUAUUCUUGUCGCCUCUUUAAGUGCAAUUUUUUAUCUCCUUAUAAUCUUUUUGUACAGCUGACUAGUUAUAUCAUCUUGCCAGGUAAUAUCACUCGCAUCGUACACAAAGAUUUUUUGCACACUUUAAGAUAUCACCAAGCGCAAGUACGAGAUCAACAACAGCCGAGUCAAACAAAUGCACUGAACAUGGCGCGAUUAAGAAAGGCAGUGUACAGCGCACUGUGGGUGCAGUUGGCAUUAGUUGUUUGUUAUGCAGAAGAGUAGUUUAAGAUAUGUGUUUAAGGCCGGUGUAGAGUGUUACGAGAAAACUUCUUCAACUAGUUUUCCUAUAAUUUAAAGAAAGCGCCCGACUUUGAUGUUGACGCCAUAUUGCCAAAAGAGACGGACCAGUUUUAGUCUUGAAUUUGUUUUGACAUCAGAAAAAUAUUCGUAAAGCUCAUGUGAAGAAGUUUUCGGUACUGGUAUAUUUAACUGAAGGUUACGAAAGUAUACGAAAUAAAAUUGACCAUCUCUGUUUCUUACAGAAUUUUAUUACAGAUCGAUCAAUGUUCUUAAAUUAUAUUGGCAGCGGCGAAAAACAAGUUUCGCAUCAUUUGUAUAGAGGUCACCAUAUCUCCAGUUUGUCGCUGGUGUGUCUUUAGGUUGUCUCUGAGUUUUAAGGAUUUUAUUUCCUCCAUUUCUGGGUGAUUAAUUGCCGUCCCUAAGUUCCACAAUUUUUUUUUUUAUUGACUCGUUUUCAAAGCUUUUGUAUAAGCUCAGAAUUUGCUUCAAUAUUAUACCAUCUAAUUAUUGCCCUAAAAACGAUACGGUUAUUUCACCCAUUAAAGAAGUGAUUAAAUAGAUCUUUUAAGACUUAGGAGUCCUAUCUCGUAUUGUAAAACAAAAAAUAUGGCAGAUGUCUUUGUGUUUGUCAAGGGAAUUCCCUUUCAGUGCUAAUUUGAAAUUAAACUCAAACGUUGUUUACUGAAAUCAACAGCUGGUUGCGACGAAUAUGUUCUUGUUUAAAUAUCAAGGUAUUGAAUUACCAUAGAGGAUCAGAAGGAAAAUUCCCCAUGAAAGAACUGUGGUUGAAGGAGGGAUUGACUCAUCUUUUAGUGAUUAAUUCGAAGCCGGAAUAAAAUGUCGAAUCUAUAGAGAGUAAUUAUUUUGCAAAAACGAAAUUUCUUCCAACCUAAAACGAGGCGGCGUGUCUGUGGUGGUUAAGUAAUUUUUCCUAAUCUUUGACAGGGUAUUUUUAACAAUUGUUUCGUGCGUCGGUGAGCGGUCAUUAAUAUACGAUGCACACAGGAAGUUUGUAGAGCUUGAAUGAUACGCGGGAGUUACUUAACAAGCAACUAAGAAUGAUCGUAGGUUCAUAAAUAAUAAAUGUUGUUUAUGUAGGUUUAACAAGGUGUAGUUUUAAACUCGACUUCGUCUCGGGAAUUAUUCAACAAUAUUCACUUCAUCUUCGGCAAAUGAUUGCUAAAUAUUUCAUCGAGUGUUGAUAGUUUUUAGGUAUCCAUUCCUUCAUUUUCCUUCUCGGUCAAUAGAUUAUCAUGUUCAAUUUAGCAUAGUCAUAUAACUCUGGUUAUCGGAGGAGAAUGGCAAAUCGCUUAGGGGAAUUACGACAUGAAGAAUUCCGUCACUGCUGUAUACAUGAAAGCGUUGGCAGAGAAAAAUUUAGGCGAACUUUGUUAUAUAAUUUUUCCAGGACAAUCAUUGUAAAAUUUUUCGAGAAAGGAGGAGAACAAAUAGAGAAUGUAAAAGAAACAGCGAAAAAUUGUUCAAAAAAGUAAUUUCCUGCUUUCCUUCUGUUUUGUUUCUCGUUUUGUCGGAGACGAAACGGAGGUAAAAGAGCCACAAAAUGUUACUAAUGACACAUUUUAAGUCAAAUAUUUUGAAAUAAGUUUGCAUCUGUGGCCAUGGCUCAACCUUAUUCACGCAAAUGAUAUGGACAUUUGAUUGACACCCAACUCGAUUAAACUAGGUUGUAUAAACAUCGUUCCCAUUAUUAGCACUGCGGCACGGCGUUCCCUCGCCCCCGGGUCGUGUUGUUCAAAGUCUCAAACUUAUUCAUGGGCGAAGUAACUCGUACUGAAGCCCUAAUAGUGAGUGCCUUCUCGCAGGCUAAAUAAAGCGGAGUGUCGGAGACGAAACGGAGGUAAAAGAGCCACAAAAAGUUACUAAUUACACAGUUUAAGUCAAAUAUUUUGAAAUAAGUUUGCAUCUGUGGCCAUGGCUCAACCUUAUUCACGCAAAUGAUAUAGACAUUUGAUUGACACCCAACUCGAUUAAAUUAGGUUGUAUAAACAUCCGUCUUCGAUGGUUCCAUGUUUCCAUUAUAAGCACUGCGGCACGGCGUUCCCUCGCCCGCGGGUCGAGUUGUUCAAACUUAUUCAUGGGAGAAGUAACUCGUACUGAAGCCCUAAUAGUGAGUGCCUUCUCGCAGGCUAAAUAAAGCGGAAUUGUUUGUUGCAACAUGAAAAACAUAAUCUUAAAAAUGUCUUUAAAUAUUUGCCUCUUAUUCUUAUUUCAUACUUAAUGUUCAUCAGUGACAAGUUAGACACAAAACAAAGUCUUUUUUGACACAGCAAACAAUUUUCAGACGUAUCUCAAACGUGUAAACAAUAGUCAGGAAGUUUUUAUUUGAGAUGUAACGUAGGAAAAGGGGUUCUAGAAACCGUCGUUGUGCAAUUGGCGUGUAAACGAAAUAUUUGUCUCGUUGCUAUCACUGAAUUUUGGAGAUGUUGUCACUUAAAAACAAUUUGUUAUCGUUUUUACGAAAUUGAAAAUAACAGUUUAACCUCUUCACUCAGCUGUAAAUUUAUUUCUUCCUGAGAAGAUGGAUUUUCAAACAAAAUGAUAAUAUUAUCACAGACGUCUAGACGUUUGACUCUAGAUGCUAAUUCAAGCUUAAAUUAAACUCUGUCGAUUAGACAAACAUGCAGAUGUGGCGCACUAAAGACUCCCGCAUUUAAACUAAGGCUUUUAAGGAGAUAAAUCCAGAACAAAAUGUCACAUUAUGAAUUUCCUGGUGAAAGUGAAAAAGCUGGUAAAAAAUGAAUUUGAAAAAAUGGUCUGGCAGCGUAGCAGGUUGUUACGGUUUUGUUUUUGACAUUAGUCAAAACGGGGAUGCAGAACGGAAGGGAAAAAAAACGCAAAACUGUCAUCACAAAUUAAUUCCAAUAUUUAAAAAUACAGUUGCAUCUGUGACCAAAUUGUUUGAUGUAUUCACGAUUGCCUCAAAUCCAACUUUUCUAAGACCAAGUAAAAUCGCCAGCUUGAAAUUUUUAUUUCCAAUUUUUCAUGGCUAAUAAUGAUAUAAGUCUGAACUACAUACAUAUCAGUGAAAGUUGAUUCAGGUUAAAGGAUAUUUUUCGUCAUUCUUUUGAAAGAACGAUACCACAGAUGUCUCUCCAUUUUCUACUUAUUUCCAUUUCAUACCUGAGACACUUCGAAGGUUUCUGACGUAUUUUGAAUUAGUAAACGCUGGUGAGGAAGUCUCUACGUGAAUAUCAUUAAAGAAGUACAAGGUGAUAUUGAUCUUGGAUGAAUGUGGGCUGUUUAGGCGAAAUACUGAUCACUCGUUGCAAUCUUAAGAGCUAAUGUCAGCGUGCAUCAAACAAACAGCGGCAAGUCACCCAAAUUCUUUUUCUCUCCUACUUUCAUAUUUUGUAGCCCAAUAUGUUCUAAUAAUUGUGGUGUAGUUUUUUUGUGAAAAUAUAUUUUAGUUUUCGAGAAAUGACUUUUUCGUUCGACCGCUCACAUAUGCAAAUUUUCACCGUGGAUAUUACCCAAGUUGUGUGACCUCGUGUAACGAAUGUACUAGACCUACGGUAUUUCUGUGAACAUAAUCCUUUGUUCUAUCAUCUAAACUUACUCCCCUGUCGUUAUUGAAGCUGGCAAAGAAAUAUCUAUUUUUUGGUGAAUAUUUUCGUCCGACAUACUCUUCCUAUGUCGAAAAGUAGCAUCAAAACAAAGACAGUUUUAACAAUGACCGAUAUGACAAAAUCUACUGAGCGUCAAGCCUUUUAAAGAGAAAAGGAUGGUUAUGAAGUUACUGUAAAAAUUUCCUUAUGUAUUUGUGUUGUUCCAUCUUGAGACGAACUCAAAGUCCGGCAAAAUUUAUUUGAUAGCGACUAUGAAAUAUACAUGGUGCGCCUACUUGUCGCACCGUUAACUGGCAUAAAUCACUACAAUUUGCAAAAAAAGCUAACACAACACUCUUACCUUGUUUAUUUAUGAUUUUAUUAGCUGUUUCGAUGAUCACGUUAAUUAUGCUCUACCACAUUCUAGCCAGAUUUGAGUUGCAGUUUAUAUAUCUUCUCUAUCUUAUUAUAUCAGUUGCAUGACAAGCGUGACACAGAAAUUCAUAGAUGAAUCAACCUACGAAAUACCAAGAGAUGGGUUUUUUUUCCACUUUGCAUGACAUCUAGAAAAACCUUUGUUUUAUAAGCGUCUUAUCUUACAUGCUAACAUGGAGAUUUGCUGUUUAGUUAAAUUGUUUGCUGGUGGGACUUGUGGGUUUAGUUAUCGAGAAGACCAAGUCGUUCCCUUGCUUCAUUGUUAAAAAGACAUUUCAAGUCACUUGUGAAGUUGCAAGUUUUCAGAUCCAGAAAAUGUAGUUGAUCUUGUUUUGUCGCGUGCCAGCAUCUUCGAGACGCCAAAAGAUAUCGAUGAUUUUACAAAUUGCCCUUCUCACAGAUCAAAUCUCGGUGUUGGGUGGAAUCGUGGUUCCAAAAGCAGAUCCAGGGUGCCAAAAGAAAUGUCCGGCCAUGGUAAAGGUAGGGUUAAGUCGAUUCCAAAAGCUGAUAGGGGAAUUGGCAAGCGUGUAUUACAGAUAGUACUCAAGAUGUCUGGAAAAUUCGUACAAUCUGGCUUCGGUAAGUAGGCUACUUUCCACCGUCAGCAAAAUUAUGCGUGACGUCAGACUAAGUUUCGAUUGAGAAUUGGUCAAAAGGCUACCAAAAAUUCAGACAGAGGCGGAGUUUUCUGAACUAAUGUCUGAACACUUUGUUGGCUUUCCGCCGUCUAGGGGGACGCGUAAUUGUGUACACGGUGGUAAAGGGCCCUUCCGCACUAGCAACUAGACGCUGACAAAACUUGUUUCUCUUCGCCAAAAAUCACAUCAGAAUUUGCCCUUGCUAAAUGUCAAGUGUGCUGCACGUAUAAGCACCCCCGGGGGACCCUUUACAUAAGAGGGCGGGGGUGCGCGCCUAGAAUUUCGAAAACGACCGCUAUAAAAUUAUUAGCCUGUAAAAACAAGUGUUUAUGUCCUUUUCUGUCUUUUUCAAUGCUUCCCUCGCUCCCACAGAGGAUUCAUACAAAUGUGAGAGCCGUACCUUUUUUGCAUUGUACAGGUAGAAAAGAUCGUCCAGAAUGAGUGUUUCGUUCUGUAAAGAAAACCCCAAUAAACUCACUUAGAAAUGACUCGUUUCGAAUAAAUUUUACGCUGGUUAUUAUGUAGCAACCGGUUUGAACUCGUUCUUGUACAAAACUCAUUCGGAUAUCAUGUAAAAAGCCCAUAAAAGUUUUUAUUCCUAGAGCAUCACGCAUCUCGCCUGUCUGAAUACUAAAAAUUUCAGUAGCGUUGAAGCAAAAACCCGCUUUUAAUUGCUUCGCUGCCGCUGAAACAUCAAUUUCAAUUCAACGCAAACAAAAAUCUUUGUACAUGGUAAAUAUUCACUUGUGUCGGUAUCAAUUAUUGCGUGACUAGCUUAUGAUAUAAAUGAGGGAGGAGAAAACACAACGCAAAACCUGGGCUCCUGUCAAAAAGUAAUACCCGGGCGUAAUAUAAUAAUCGGAACGGCUAAUAAAAUCAUAAAUAACCAAGGUAAGAGUGUCAUCUUAGACUUUUUUACAAAUUGUAGUGAUUUAUGCCAAUUAACGGUGGCGACAAGUAGGCGCACCAUGUAUAUUUCAUAGUCGCUAUCAAAUAAAUUUUGCCGGACUUUGAGUUCGUCUCAAGAUGGAACAACACAAAUACACAAGGAAAUUUUUACAGUAACUUCAUAACCAUCCUUUGGUCUUUAAAAAGCUUGACGCUCAGUAGAUUUUGUCAUAUCGGUCAUUGUUAAAAGUGUCUUUGUUUUGAUGCUACUUUUCGACAUAGGAAAAGUAUGUCGGACAAAAAUAUUCACCAAAGAAUAAAUAUUACUUUUCCAGCUUCAAUAACGACAGGGGAUUAAGUUUAGAUGAUACAACAAAGGAUUAUGUUCACAGAAAUACCGUAGGUCCAGUACAGUCGUUACAUGAGGUCACACAACUCGGGUAAUAUUCACGGUGAAAAUUUGCAUAUUUGAGCGGUCGAACGAAAAAGUCAUUUCUCGAAAACUAAAAUAUAUUUUCACAAAAAAACUACACCACAAUUAUUAGGACAUAUUGGGCUACAAAAUAUGAAAGUAGGAGAGAAAAAGAAUUUUGGGCGACUUGCCACAAUAUUUCAAAGUUGUUCGAUGGAUGCUGACAUCCUCUCUUAAGUAACCUACAAGAAAAAAGGAACGAACGCAGAGUAAUAACUACAACAAAUUUCAUUCGAGGUGGAACACAGACGAAAACAAUUGAAGAACUGCUAUAAUCUCCCUCUUUAGAGGGUGGGCAUUAAUCAGUAUCAGUUUCAAACCUGAGGCAUCCCACAGCUGCAAAUUUUUACGCGUUUUAAAUAAUUAAACGCUAGUAAGGAAGUCUUAAUGUGUUUAUCAAAGAAAAAUUUUAGUUAUCAUCGUUCGGCGUUUCCUGUUUAGACGAAAUAUUUCUCGUUGCAAGAACAGAUAACCUCAGUACAAGAAAAAGGAAACGAAUAUCGAAUAAUGUCGAUAAAAAAUUUAAGUAGGAGUGGAACACAGACGAAAACAUUUGGAGAACUGCUAUGUUCCCCCUCUUUAGAGGGCGGGCUACAACAAGAAUCAGUUUCUUUCGCAGCAGUCAACAUUUUCCUCUCCAUCACAACAUUUCUUGGGAAUUCUCUUAUUCUUGUUGCCCUUCAUAAAGAAUCAUCCCUUCAUCCGCCGUCCAAACUCUUGUAUCGUUGUCUGGCAACAACUGAUCUGCUGGUUGGUCUUGUUGUUCAGCCUCUCCAUUUUACUUAUUGGAUGUCUGUCGUUCACGAACACUGGAGCCUUUGUUAUUACGCAGGGGAAGCAGCCUACACCACAGGCGCAGCAUUAUGUGGAGUUUCUUUGCUGACGAUGACGGCAAUAAGCGUGGACAGACUUCUCGCCCUUUUGUUGGGGUUGAGAUACAAAGAGAUUGUAACUUUGAAGCGCAUUUAUAUCAUCGUAGCUAGCUUUUGGGUUUUAUGUCCUGUUGCCUCUUUAGGCAUCAUUUUCGAUAAGCGUAUAACCAUUUUGUGUGACUCGAUAUUGAUACCACUUUUACUGCUUAUUUCACUCGCCUCGUACACAAAGAUUUUUUGCACUCUCGGACAUCAUCAGGCACAAGUACAAGAUCAUAUUCAACAACAGCCGAGCCAACCAAAUGCACUGAACAUGGCGCGAUACAGAAAGGCAGUGCACAGCGCACUGUGGGUUCAGUUAGUAUUAGUUGUUUGUUAUACACCAUACUAUAUAGUGGCAAUUGUAGUCACUUAUGGUACAACAUAUUCAUCACAAUUAGUCAUCACAGGGGAAAUGGCAACUAUCCUUGUUUACUUUAACUCGACGUUAAACCCGUUUCUUUACUGCUGGAAGAUAAGUGAAGUGAGGCGAAGAAUGAAGCAGACAAUCAGACAAGCACUUUGCUGUCCAUGCAGUUAG